GCCUGCUUGCUUGUAACACAAGAUCCUUUUACAGAAUUAUCCACGCUCCGCUGGAGCCGCCUGUCCCCGCCCCUUCCGUCCCUCCGACAACACACAGCAUCCAUCCUCAUGGGCUCACACGCUGCGUGAUCCACAUCACAACCCACGGAGCGGUGGCUUGGCCGAGCCUCAUGGAGUAGUAGGACUACUAGUAAGAGGAGGUGGGCUGCUCUCGGCUGCCUUUUGUUACUUUCCUCCCUUUCUUCUUUUAUGGAGUCGCCUUUUUGUCCGGAAUAUCGCUGCAUCCCAUAGCGAGUGAGCGCCUUUGCAUUUUAAAAGCACAUAGUCUCCUUGGAGACAAGAUGGCGUCCAACAACACCUUGCGCAGCUACUCCAUCAUCCCCUGUUUCAUCUUUGUAGAGCUCGUCAUCAUGUCUGGCACCGUGCUCCUGGCCUACUACAUGGAGUGUACGGACCUCUUCAGUGUACACGUGCAGGGCUUCUUCUGUAACGACGCCGAGCUGAUGAAGCCAUACCCCGGCACUGAGGAGUCCAGUUUCGUCCCUCCCCUCAUCUUCUACUGUGUGGUCGCUGCUGCUCCCACUGUUAUAAUCUUCAUCGGGGAAGUGUCCAUGUAUGUGAUGAAAUCAACAAGGGAAGCUCUCCUUGCUCAGGAGAAAACGAUAGUGACAGGAGACUGUUGUUACCUCAACCCGCUUAUUCGCCGCAUCAUACGCUUUAUAGGUGUGUUUGCAUUCGGCCUGUUUGCCACAGACAUCUUUGUCAAUGCAGGCCAGGUAGUGACCGGAGGCCUCUCGCCCUACUUCCUGUCUGUCUGCAAGCCCAAUUACACCGGCACAGAGUGUCGGUUCAAUCACCAGUUUAUUGUCAAUGGAAACAUUUGCACUGGGAAUCCCAUUGUUGUGGAGAAUGCACGCCGGUCUUUCCCAUCCAAGGAUGCCUCACUGAGUGUUUACUCUGCUGUGUACCUGACGAUGUACAUCACCAGCACAAUCAAGACCAAGUCCAGCCGUCUGGCCAAACCUGUGCUCUGCCUGGGCACACUCUGUUCGGCUUUCCUCACCGGCCUCAAUCGAGUGUCUGAGUAUCGAAACCACUGCUCUGAUGUUGUGGCUGGAUUUAUUCUGGGAUCAGCCAUCGCACUGUUCCUGGGCAUCUGUGUUGUGAACAAUUUUAAAGGAGUUCACAAUCCAGCAACUAAACAGAAGACGGAGGAAUACCGUGGUUUGCCUCUGAUGACUUUUCCUCGUGUAGAGAGCCCACUGGAGACCCUCAGCGCGCAGAACCACUCGGCAUCGAUGACGGAGGUCACAUGACUAAGGGGGCAGCACCGGGUCACGUUUGCGUCUCCACAGCACUUCCAGGCACAAUGACGAGGACGCAUGCCACGUGGCGCCGAUUGCAUACAACAACAACAACAAAAAAGAAAUCACUCCAGAAAUAUCUGUUUGAAUCACCUGGAGGACAGGAUACUCCAUGUUUGUAGUGGUUUUCAUUUCGCUUGGCUCCUCGCUAUUCGGCCAGCGAAGACCCACAAAUCUAACCAGUGCAAACUUGUCAAAAAGCCAACUCACUGUAAACACAGGUUGCUUUUCUCCAGGUAUCUGAAAGCCUUUGAAACAUGGCACGUUUCUUUUGUCCUCCAGGGUGGCUCUUUGUAGUUAGCGAAUGGUGUUUUGUACGUUUUUGUAUGAGCGAGUGCCAUAGCCUACCCUGACAAUGUCAAACCUGCACACUUCCUGUCAGCUGACUCACUGUGUUACAUCACACCCUGUCAGAUGAAAUGCCUCAUUAGUCACCACAUCCAUUCCACUCAGUCUUAAAACUCUGCUAUGGGAAAACAAAAUAUUGAUGUUGUUGUUAUGUGGUGUUUGUCAUUUGUACAGAAAAAAGACAGAAAUGUUCUUUUUAUUAUCUCUGUGCAUUAAUUGACCAUUAUAAGGUCAUAUUUUUUAAGGAGUUUUGUUAGUCUGUAUGACUAUUAUGAUCCAUUUGGACCUGUUUGCCUGCUGUAAACCUGAAUAUGUUUUAGUAUCAGUUUAGGUGUUUGGGGGAACAAGACUUGUCAUUUUUGGAGGAAACUUGAGGAGGGUCACUGGCGUCCUCUAGGACUAAAUGCAGGGUCUGGCAUCAGUUGAGAUCAAAUGCAAUAUUUGAAAAUGUCAUUACUCAGAAAGCUUACUAGGAGUGUCAUUCACCCCAAUUUCCUGAUUCACUCUGAUGUUGAAAACAAUGCCUUGAAAGCCGUCCACUGGGUCUUGCAUGUGUCAGAUCCAUGUAAAGAUUCCCUUUGUGUGCUUGUUAGAAAUAUGUCUUUAUUGAAAUUUUAAUGGAGGACUUUUCUAACAGAUAGAUGGGGUAACAAAACUAGACAGUUUUGAGUAAAAUGAUUGUUUUCAUGCAAACCCGGCCAUUGACGCCUGCUUCACUUUUCCUCCUUGAUGCACCCCUUCCUCUCCCUCAGCCACCAGUGGAUUGUGAUGCAAUGUUGUGAAUCCAUUCCCUAUUGGAAGAUAAGCCCAGCAUGAAGAGAGAAGUUGAUAAUGUUUUAUAGAUAUUACUCAUUAUCAUUGUGAUUAUAUGUCUUUUUCUUUAAGAACAAAAAAAGCAUUUCGUCUGAAAUGCUAUAUAUAUAUUUUUUCUUUGUUUGUCCAAAAAUUAAAUAGUCAGUAGCAAC